AUGAUUGGUUAUAUAAAUAGGUAUAAUUUUAAUCAGAAUAAAUGGAAGCAUUUAAUAAAUGAAUAUUUAUUUUCACGACUUAUAGACCAAUCACAAAGCAGUAUCAAUAACGUCCGAGUGACUUCACUUUUUGCCGUUCUAUUUGUCGCAAUGACUUGUGUAACUAUUCUCCAUUCUGUUUCGGAGAAGGUUCUUUUGACACUCAAAAAUAUAGAACCAGAUACAACCGUUCGAGUGCUUAAAGAAAAAUUAGUAUCUUCUGACAAGAAGUACAAAUUUGAUCGUAUAUCACUUCGUCUUGAACCAAGAGGGGUUAUGUUGGCAAACACCUCCCGCCUGAACGAGGUCGUGGGUUCAGAGAAACUCUCAAAUGUUUGUCUCUACUACAAAGAUUUAGGUCCACAAGUGUCCUGGAGUACUGUUUUCUACUUGGAAUAUGCCGGUCCUCUUGUGAUUUAUUCACUUGUAUUUGCUGGCAUCCCGUUAAAUAUUCUCGGCUCAAUGAAACAUCACGAUAGGUUGCAUUGGAUCUUCUUCCUCUGUUAUACUGGCCACUUCGCUAAACGCCUACUUGAGACGCGUUUUAUCCACCGAUUCUCACACGCAACAAUGCCUCUUAUGAAUUUCGUGCGUAAUUGCGCUUAUUACUGGCUUUUCGCCUUUGCUAUUGCCUACUUCACUAAUCACCCCCUUUACAGUGUGGCAUAUUUCGGAUGUCCUCAAAUAUGCACUGGAUUGGGACUCUUUUUGGUUGGUGAAAUAGGAAACUUCUGCUGUCAUAUUGCAUUGCGCAAUCUGCGCCCUGCUGGAUCGACAGUGCGUAAAAUGCCACGCCCAGUGGCCUCAAACCCACCCACAUUCCUAUUCAAUUUUGUCGCUUGUCCAAACUACACAUACGAAGUUCUCAGCUGGAUUGGCUUCACCAUUAUGACGCAGUCUCUUCCGGCUGCACUCUUCACUCUCUUUGGUUUCGCGACAAUGGCUCAGUGGGCGCGCAAAAAACUACGCGCAUAUCGUAAGGAGUUCGAGUCCUGCCCUAAGGGACUUAAGGCUAUCGUUCCUUUCAUCUAUUAA